AUGGCAUCAGGGUGGCCCUCCUGGGUCCUCCUGCUGCUCCUGCCUGCCCUGGCCGACGCCGGCGGGCCUGGCCCUGUCCUCAUCAACCGCCCCUUCGUCACCAUCUGGAACAUCCCCACUGAGCGCUGCGCCAAGAAGUACAAUGUCACCCUCAACUUGGAGGUCUUUGAUGUGUUGGCCAACGACCAGCAGUCCUUCAUCGGGCAGGACAUCACCCUCUUCUACAGCAAGGAACUGGGGCUCCUCCCCCACUACACAUCCAAGGGGGUGCCAGUGAACGGGGGGCUCCCCCAAAAUGCCAGCCUGCAGGCCCACCUCCACCACACCACCCGGGACAUUGAGGUCACCCUGCCCAGCCCUGCCUACGGCGGGCUGUCCGUCAUUGACUGGGAGAAGUGGCGCCCGCUGUGGAUCCGCAACUGGGGCUCCAUGGACAUCUACCGGCAGAAGUCAGAGGAACUGGUGCGGCAGCAGCACCCGCAGUGGCCCCCCAAGCUGGUGAAGGAGGUGGCCAAGCGGCAGUUUGAGCAGAGUGCCCGCAACUUCAUGGAGCAGACCCUGAAGCUGGGUGAGACCCUCCGUCCCGACAGCUAUUGGGGUUUCUACGGCUUCCCCAACUGCUACAACAAUGACUUCGACAGCCUGCCCUACACCGGGGUGUGCCCGGCGGUGGAGCAGCAGAGGAACAAGGAGCUGUGGUGGCUCUGGGGGAGGAGCCGGGCGGUCUACCCCAGCAUCUACCUGCCCCCUCGCUUCAGCGGCACCAACAAGGCACUCGCCUACGUCCGGCACCGCGUGGCCGAAGCCUUCGCCGUUCAGCGUGGCAUCCUCAAUGACGGCAUCCCCGUCCUGCCCUACUCCCAGAUCGCCUUCGACUGCACCGUCGACUUCCUAUCCCAGUGCUAG